AAAGUCAAUACCGUUGUCGCCAGCCACCACCGAAAAAAAAAUCAAAGAAGCAUUUCCAUACUCUCUCUUCUCACACACACAGAGAGUUCACUCAGUUUUCUGUCAUCAUUUCAUUUUCGAAAUUGAGAGAAAGAAAGAGAAAACGAAAGGGGCGUGACCUGAGAUCAUAUAAAAACACAUCAAUCAUGUUACGAAGAUUACUCAUCUCUUCACAACUCAAAACCCUAACUUCUCGCCGAUCUCCUUCCUCCGCCGUUGCUGUUUCCUUACUCUCCCGCCACCACUUCUCUACUCAAUCCAGUGAUGACAGUACUACUGGAAUUAAAAAGAAGGUUGAGGAUGUAGUUCCAAUUGCUACUGGUCAUGAGCGUGAGGAGAUUCAGGCUCAACUUGAGGGUAGGGAUAUUCUUGAAAUUGACCAUCCUGAAGGUCCUUUCGGCACUAAGGAAGCACCUGCUGUUGUUAAAUCUUACUACGAUAAAAGGAUAGUUGGAUGCCCAGGUGGUGAAGGCGAGGAUGAGCAUGAUGUUGUCUGGUUUUGGCUGGAGAAAGACAAACCUCAUGAAUGUCCCGUGUGUGCACAGUAUUUUGUGCUCGAAGUGGUAGGACCUGGUGGAUCACCUUAUGGGCACGGCGAUCCUGAUCAUCAUCACUAAUUGCAUCCUUCAAUUGUCCUUCCGGAAUAAAUUCUGGAGGAUGGAGACAUUGUUUUGUUUAGCAUACCCUCUGGCCUUUCUAAAUCAUGAGGCCUAUGUUUGUUUUUGAUGUUACUUUCUGUUACAAUUUGCAGCUUAUGACAAUAGUUUCUGUGAUUAUUUUUAAGUACGAUAUGAUGCUCAAUUGCCUGAGCCAUGGAUUCUGUCAAAUUAUGUUUCACGCGUCAUGAAAUAAUUGAUCGAAACUACUAAGGUUGUACUUUUAAAAAUGAUCUGGGAGUGAAAUGAAAAAUAAAGUUAUUAAAAUUGUUUGGAAA